AUGACCUCGGAUUCGACUCUGCUACAUCGCCCAACCGAGGCUCUCAUCCUACCGAACAAGCAACGCUUCUUCCCGUUCAAGAUCCCUAACUUUCACACACAGCUUCGCAACUACAUUAGUACUGCGGACCCCGAUCGCAUUUAUGUCGUCGUCGAGAGAAUCGUGUAUUCAAUACACAUAUCGGGACAAAAGCGCGAGACUGUAGCGGUCAUCCCAUUUGAACCGCGCUGUCUGGUCGCUGGACAUGGUUGGAUAGUAGUGGGGGGUCCAGAAAAUGGCGAAUGUGCUUUCAUACGCAUCGGCGAUCGCGGAAUGCAGAUCCAUAGCGAUGCGCCUUUCCAGACUGAUGUAGAUACUGCACUCCCCCUCGAUCUCGACCCGCGGCCAAGCAUGCCUUCGGGGGAUUUCGAUGGCGAAUCUGCGCCAACCCGGUAUCGGAGCAGCAGGUCCUCCCCCGAAGUAGAGCUCCACAAGUUCGGUGGGAGUAUUGUCAACUCAGUGACCAUCCAUCGCUUCUAUGGCGACAGCGAAAAUUUGGCUGAUGAAGAUGUCGUGGUACUGAGCAAUAAUGAUCGGACAGUCACAGUGUAUUCGUUGACUCGCGCGAAAGUCUUGAAGGUUCUUCAUCAUUCGACAUCAGUAGGGGAUGAGAAUCACGCCUACUUCUAUGAAAUCACUCGCGAUUUGGAAUCUUCUGGGACAACUGAAUCUGGAGAGAAGCUCACGGGGUGGGAAUGGGAGCUUAUCAAUCGCCUGGAGAUGGACAUUGGCCUGCGGGCGGAUGAUGCAUGCUGCUUCACCGUCGCUUUCUCGCCAUCCAGUCGCUUGUGUGCCAUCGGGUCCCAAUCUGGAAUCAUCACGAUUAUCAACGUCGAGUCCAUCUACAAGAACUUUGGCGACUCCGAUGGCGACUCCGCUGUUCUUUGCCAAUUCUCGGCGUCAAGAUCAUGCGCUGAGGGAGGUGCCGUUCGAUGUAUGGCCUUUUCGCCCGAGCCAUGGGACCUUCUUGUAUGGCUGGAGGCCCACGGCAGAGCUGGCGUGGCCGAUGUUCGCCAACAAUUUAUGCGCAGGCAAAUCCUCCAUUUAGAUUCCAAUGAUCCUCAACUGCAGGAAGUGUACACGGACUUUUCGACAGAGAACCUCGAACGAAACCCGCUGGGAGAUGAUCUUCUGGAGACGCCACCACGAGUGAGACUCGACCACGAAGAUUUUCCGAUUGAACGGAACGGAGAGCAAACGGAUCGUUCGUCUCUGCGAGAGUCUUUGAUUCAGGAUCUUACCGAGAGAGAAAGGUUGAUUAUGGAGUUUUUAAACACGGCACGCUGGACAUCGCGGCUGGAAGAAGGACUUACUGAAAGACCAGAGCGCCCGGCUAGGGCAAGCCUUCUACCUCAAUCAGCGGCUCGGUCGCAAAACCACGGUUCUACAGAUGGUACCACUCGCACUAAUCGCCCUACUUCACCCCUGCAUCGCUAUGAUCCUUCUGAUGUCUCCCGAGAUAGCCAACUGGGCCGCACUGCAUUCAACCCAAGACGCCAGAGCUCGGUGGUGGUAUCUCAAGGGAGCCGACCUUCGGAAGCAACGUCCCCCCAUGAUCGCCAAUCGGGCAUUACCCUAAGUUAUUCCACCUCACAUUCAGAGCUUACACCCCUCAGGUCAGAAAUGAUCUCCCGGGGUGGUGCCGAUCCUGAAUCGGCCAACAACGAAACUAGCAUUCCAACUGAAGCGACUGGACCUUCUAAUCCAAGUCUAGACAUCCAUGGCUUGAACCACCGAUCCCAGCGAUCAAGCUCCAUUCCCCGGCGCAUUGAACGACCACAAACCGGAGCGGAAAGAAGAUAUGAUACUUCACGCCUCACCACAUAUGAGAUCCGUGCGAAUGUCGCUGCUGAACGACUUCGGCGUCAGCGCCAGAUUGCCAACGAGGUACAUAACCGCUCCUUUGAAAGGGAACAACGGCAUCGCCAACAGCUUCUCGGGUUUGAGCAGACACACUCCCCCCGCUGGAUCCGAAACAUAAUCAAUGACCUUCCUGAUCGAAAUUCAACGAAUGGCUGUGGCGCCGAGGAGCCAGAUUCUACUGCUGGGGUUGGCUGGGGCGCCGAUGGACGCACAUUGUAUAUCGCCACAUUGGAAGGGAUUUUUGAAUUCCCAUUGAACAUUCACGAUCGGAAAACAUUCCCCAUCUUCUCUUGCCGUUAA